UGGCGGAUAAUUCGCACCUCACCGACAAGGUACGGAUAGGUACGAAGCCAGAAGAUACUCGUGUCUUGUACAUAUAUUAUGACAUUAAGGACAACAAGCUACAAACUAAAACAUGGGAGAUAAAGGUAUCAGCUUUUCUAAAAAAAGAAGAAAAGGAGCAGAAUAAUAUAGCUUAAGAACAUCAUGUACACUUCAGCGGAGCGAGUGGUCUUGGGAAGGACAAUAACAUUAUGAUACAACCGCAACGACAUGGGCAUAUAGAUGUUCAUCUUGGAUUCUUACAGCUUCAUCACAGAUAUCACCUGGAGUUUUCUAUACCAUGGAAUAUUUGUGUUCAUGGUGAACUUUUUGCGCCAGCUGUAGUUGCCAGUAACCAGCACAAUCCAGACUGUCAUAUCAUAGAAUUAAUGCAAGAGAAGGACGGCCUAAAGUUAAAAAUUGAAUUGCUGGCGUAUAAGGAACGAAUCUUGAAGGAAGAAGUUGAAGUCAUGUGUUGUAAAUCUGGCACACCAUUGAAAAUACUCUUGAAUGCAAGAGUAUUAGGUAAAGACAAAGGAACCCCUUUAUUAAGGAAUGGUAUACGUAGUGUCGCUGUAGAAGGAGUCGAAAAAGAUGAUACAUCUGACUGAAUUUACUAACUAAUGCUUCUAAAUAAAACACGCUUUUGUACGCUUUAACAAAAUUGAUUUUAUAAUCGUUUAGAUUGAAAAGAUCUAAGAUAAAAGAGAAACGUAUAUAUUAUCAAUUUUGAAUAAUAUACAAGAUAAACUAUUUGUGCUUUCAUCAUCUUUUGAUUUAAAGAAUUUAUCAAUUAUGACUUACAACUUAAUAUUUACACUUCUUUCUUUGGAAUAUAACUAAUAACUUGAAUGAGCUAGUAUUUGUAUUAAAAUGGCAACGAAAAUAGUAUAGUUUCAAUAGAGUCGUUUCUGACUCAUUUAUUAUAUCAUUGUAACUUUAUCAUUAGUAAUCUUAUUAUUAUAUGAGUAUUAUUUGUACUAUGAUUACGUUACAAUAUCUUUAUUAUAAUAAGAAAUUUUUAUUUGGCAUCUUAUUUAUUAACAAAAUCACAUGAUUUUACAAACUUUAUUUUAACAAUAGCUGUAGCAAUAUAUUUCUAUCACUAUAUAAUAAAAAACGAAUUUUUACCUUGUGUAUAAAGUA